AUGUUGGUGCUGUUUUUCUUUUGUCUGAAGAUGUUGACCGAGCUUACUGCGUACUACUUCCGAAGCAGCGAGAAUUCCGGCGAGUGUUCAGUGUGUGUUUCCGUAGCCGCUUUUUCGUUUCUUUUUACCAUGAUCCUGUUGCUGUUCAGUGAUCGUCUGCUGGCUGUGGAAAUUCAGGACGGUGGGUACGCCGUUGGAUGUUCCUGCUUAUGUCAUUAGUC